AUGUCCGACGGUGUCAUUCGUCACGCUCGCAAGGAGGAUGUUCCGAUCAUCCUCGACCUGAUCCAGGCGCUUGCUGAUUACGAAAAGGAGCCCGACGCCAACAAGGCCACCAUCGAGACCCUUAGCAACACAAUUGCGUUUGCGCCGUCGGGCGCGCCGUCCGACCCCAACACCACCGCCUACGUGCCCAGCACCGAGCCCACCUCGUCGAGCCGGCCCGCGCGCUGCCUGCUGCUGACCAACCCUGAGGGCGAGACGGUCGGCAUGGCGCUCUACUUUUACAACUAUAGCACGUGGCGCGCGUGCCCGGGCAUCUACCUCGAGGAUCUGUUUGUGCGGCCGUCGCAGCGCGGCCGCGGCUACGGCAAGGCGCUGCUGGUGCAGCUCGCCAAGGAGGUCGUUGCAUUCGGCGGCGCGCGCCUCGAGUGGUCGGUGCUCAAGUGGAACGAGCCGAGCAUCAAGUUUUACGAAAGUGUGGGCGCGCAGGGCAUGCAUGAGUGGAUGACGAUGCGUGUCACCGACGAUGGCCUGACCAAGCUCGCAGGACUGUUGGAUUAA